AAUUUGAGCAAUGUAGGUUUGGGACCAUUCAGUAAAUUUCAAAAGUCCAGGGAGCAAACUAUGAGUCUUCCUUAUGUAAAAUCACAGACAUUACUACGUGGUUUCUUUUACCUAAAUCAAUUGUUUCUUUGACAGAAAUUGUAAAGAAGCCUAUAAAAUGCUGGUCUGUGUUCACUUCACUCAUUCUAAUUCAGCAUUGGCUGCUUCAUAUGUAUUACUUGCAUUCAAAUGAUUGAAUUGGUUUUGCUGCUAGAUGAGAAACCCAUGGAGACCUUGGAACUUCUUUCACUUGGCCUUGGCUCUGUUGCUAAUACAUAGAGCCUACGCCACUACCCAAAAUGGAGGCACCACCUCUAAAAUUGUAGGAACCACCACUAAAAAUGGUGGUCCUUCCUACUAUACCCCACCUACCUACAUUUCUCCUCCACUAAAACAGCCACCAGUUUCGCAUCCUCCUCCUCCACUUCGAAAACCACCCAUAAAACCACCUCCAGUGCACAAACCACCUCCUUUCCAUGCUCCCCCUGUUCACAAGCCUCCCCUAAAACCACCACCAGUUCAUAAACCAUCCCCUCCUCCAGUGUAUCGACCACCCUCGGUACCACCUCCCUUCAGAAAACCACCAAAAAAACCACCCUCUCCACCGGUUCAUCGUAGACCACCACCUUCUCCGCCGCUUUAUGGAAAACCACCAUCUCCUCCCCCACCAGUUUAUGCAAGUUCUCCACCACCUCCUCCAAUUUACCACUCUCCACCUCCACCUUUGCCAGUAUAUCACUCUCCACCUCCUCCUUCGCCAAUUUACAAAUACCCAUCACCACCUCCUCCAGUUUACCACUCUCCUCCACCACCUCCUUUGCCAAUUUACAAAUACCCAUCACCACCUCCUCCAGUUUACCACUCUCCUCCACCACCUCCACCAAGUUACCACUAUCUUCCACCACCACCUCCUCCAGUUUACCACUCUCCACCACCUCCUUCACCAAUAUACAAGCACCCAUCACCACCUCCUCCAAUUUACUACUUCCCACCUCCACCACCUACACCAAUUUAUCCUUCUCCACCUCCACCAAUUUUCAAGUAUCCAUCACCACCUCCACAAGUUUAUCACUCUCCACCACCACCUUCACCAGUUUAUAGAUACCCAUCACCUCCUCUGCCAACUUACCACUCUCCACCACCACCUCCACCAGUUUACCACUCUCCACCACCUCCUUCGCCAAUUUAUGGGCACCCAUCACCUCCUCCUCCAGUUUACCACUUUCCACCACCACCUCCACCUAUUUUCUACUCUCCACCACCUCCACAAAUUUAUAGGUACCAACCACCACUGUCUCCAAUUUACCACUCUCCACCACCACCCUCUCCACCAGUUUUUAGAUACCCAUCACCACCUCUACUAGUUUACCACUCACCACCACCACCUCAACCAAUAUAUCGCUCACCCCCAUCACCACCUCCAAUUUACCCCUCUCCCCCACCUCCUUCGCUAGUAUAUAGACAACCAUCACCACCGCCUCCACCAGCUUAUGGGUACCGCUCUCCACCACCUCCUAUAGUUCGACACUUCCCCCCACCACCACCACCAAUUUACCACUUCCUGCCACCACCACCACCAACUUACCCCACUCCACCCCCAUCCCCUCAUAUCUACCACUCACCACCGCCACCUCCACUUCAAGGUUACAGGCACUCACCACCACCUCCACUUCAAGGUUACAGAUACUCACCACCACCACCAAUUUAUAAGUCUCCUCCAACGCCUCCUCUUCAAGGUUACAGAUACUCACCACCACCACCAAUUUAUAACUCUCCUCUGCCACCUCCUUUACAUUUUUACCACUCUCCCCCACCACCACCUCCACCUAUUUACCAUUCUCCACCACCACCGCCACCAGUUUACUAG